GCUGGUGUAUGGCUUUUUGACUGUGGAGAAGGCUCACAAGUACAGGUCAUGAAGAGUAAUGUAAAGCCAGGCAAAGUUUCCAAAAUUUUCAUCACUCAUCUUCAUGGAGACCAUAUGUUUGGACUACCUUGUUUACCUCUGUCACCUUGUAGAUGUUUGGACUACCUUGUUUACCUCUGUCACCUUGUAGAUGUUUGGACUACCUUGUUUACCUCUGUCACCUUGUAGAUGUUUGGACUACAUUGUUUACCUCUGUCACCUUGCAGAUGUUUGGACUACCUUGUUUACCUCUGUCACCUUGUAGAUGUUUGGACUACAUUGUUUACCUCUGUCACCUUGUAGAUGUUUGGACUACCUUGUUUACCUCUGUCACCUUGUAGAUGUUUGGACUACCUUGUUUACCACUGUCACCUUGUAGAUGUUUGGACUACAUUGUUUACCUCUGUCACCUUGUAGAUGUUUGGACUACCUUGUUUACCUCUGUCACCUUGUAGAUGUUUGGACUACAUUGUUUACCUCUGUCACUUUGUAGAUGUUUGGACUACCUUGUUUACCUCUGUCACCUUGUAGAUGUUUGGACUACCUUGUUUACCUCUGUCACCUUGUAGAUGUUUGGACUACCUUGUUUACCUCUGUCACCUUGUAGAUGUUUGGACUACCUUGUUUACCUCUGUCACCUUGUAGAUGUUUGGACUAUCUUGUUUACCUCUGUCACCUUGUAGAUGUUUGGACUACCUUGUUUACCUCUGUCACCUUGUAGAUGUUUGGACUAUCUUGUUUACCUCUGUCACCUUGUAGAUGUUUGGACUACCUUGUUUACCUCUGUCACCUUGUAGAUGUUUGGACUACCUUGUUUACCUCUGUCACCUUGUAGAUGUUUGGACUACCUUGUUUACCUCUGUCACCUUGUAGAUGUUUGGACUACCUUGUUUACCUCUGUCACCUUGUAGAUGUUUGGACUAUCUUGUUUACCUCUGUCACCUUGUAGAUGUUUGGACUACCUUGUUUACCUCUGUAACCUUGUAGAUGUUUGGACUACCUUGUUUACCUCUGUCACCUUGUAGAUGUUUGGACUACCUUGUUUACCUCUGUCACCUUGUAGAUGUUUGGACUACCUUGUUUACCUCUGUCACCUUGUAGAUGUUUGGACUACCUUGUUUACCUCUGUCACCUUGCAGAUGUUUGGACUACCUUGUUUACCUCUGUCACCUUGUAGAUGUUUGGACUACCUUGUUUACCUCUGUCACCUUGUAGAUGUUUGGACUACCUUGUUUACCUCUGUCACCUUGUAGAUGUUUGGACUACCUUGUUUACCUCUGUCACCUUGUAGAUGUUUGGACUACCUUGUUUACCUCUGUCACCUUGUAGAUGUUUGGACUACCUUGUUUACCUCUGUCACCUUGUAGAUGUUUGGACUACCUUGUUUACCUCUGUCACCUUGUAGAUGUUUGGACUACCUGGGUUGAUGUGUACUAUCAGUCAGAAUAACCAAAGGACAGACCCUGUAGAAGUGUAUGGUCCAGUGGGCCUCCGGAAAUUCCUACGUGUCAGUUUGGAGCUGUCACGGUCACUCCUGGGGUUCAGUUAUACUGUCCAUGAACUGGAAUGUUUGACUAGUCAGUAUCCAGAUGACUGGAAUAAGCGAUGGAAGGUGGAUCAUUCAUCAUCUUAUCAAUGUCAUCCGAAUGAAAAAAAUGGCACCACAUUAAAGCCCGACCAAAACUCAAUCUGGAAUCUUUUCUCUGAUGAUAAAAUGCAAGUAUCAGCAAUUUGGCUAAAGCACAGGAUUCCUUCUUUUGGCUUCAUAAUUCAGGAAAAACCACUACCAGGAAAACUGGACCCAGUGAAAUUAAAGGCCCGGGGACUAAAGCCUGGACCGGAGUAUGGAAAACUGAAACAGGGGUUGUGUGUUACCCUUCCUUCAGGGGAAGUCAUAAAACCAGAAGAAGUCAUGGGUCCUCCACGACCAGGUCGAAAGGUUGUCAUCAUGGGAGACUCUUGUGAUUCUUCAGAGCUAUACAAGCUAGGUCAUGAUGCUGAUGUUUUGGUACACGAGGCAACACUCGAGAAUGAUCUGAAAGACAGUGCCCUUGAAAAAGGUCAUUCAACACCAGGCAUGGCGUCUAAACUGGCAUCAGAACUCAAAGUUAAACAGCUGGUCCUUACUCACUUUAGUCAGAGAUAUAAACCAAUGUCUGCCGAUAUAAAGGAAGGAGAUGAGACUGUGAAGAAGUUACGUCUCGAGGCUAUGGAGAUUCUGAGAGAUGACCAGGUGGUGGUGGCUGAUGAUUUCAUGUCAUUAAACAUCCCAAUGAAGUCAGCAAUUUCCUAGCACACCUGUUUAUGUUGAUGGAAUAAUAGACCAGUGUUUAUGUGAACAAGGCAAAGUUGUGAUGUGAAACAGCCUGUGAUCGUUUAAAGCCUGUUAUAACAGGUCUUUCAUACAAUACUGAGUUAUCUACACAGGGGUGAUAGAUACUGGCCAGUCAAUAGCGAUUGAAAUGUGUGGGCUACAGCCAGUGACUUUGACAUGUGUAAUGUUUAUAAUAUUCAUCGACUAUAACAACACGACAAACUUGCAUUAAAGCGAGCCAUCAACAUAGAUCUUUUAAGGGUGAAUAAUCGAUUCAGCUCCCCAAAGUAUUCACUAAAAUGUGGCUACUGUACAUCACAAACUCUCGUCACAUUUUUUUCUGGUAUUUGAGAGGCUGAUAAGAUUACUUGUGAACCAAUAUGACAAGUCAUCAUGCUGAUCCUAUGAAAGUCUACUCCUCCCAAAGGUUUGAAACACCACUAGGGAGGCAAUCACAUUUGGUAUAACUGAAGUUUGAAAGUCUACUCCUCUGAAACAGCUGGAUGGAUUUCAAUUAAAUAUGUCUUGAAAAUACCACAAGGGAGGCAGUCACAUUUGGUAUGACUGAAGUUUGAAAGUCUACUCCUCUCAAACAGCUGGAUGGAUUUCAACUAAAUAUGGCUUGAAAAUACCACUAGGGAGGCAGUUGUAUUUUGUGGGAGUCAGAAGUUCAAUUAUGUCUGCCAUAUUGGACAAACAAAAUUACUCAGGGAAGAUUCUUAAUAAUUAGAAUAUGAAAAUCUGGUUUAUUUGUUAGACACUUCCUAGGUUCUAACUUUUUUCAGACACCAAUAUAUAUUGUAUGACUUAAAUCUUAAAAUGUAUUGUUCAAAUAUGGGUGAAUCUGCCUGCUAAAUUAGAUGUAAUGAAAUAUAAAAACACAUCUGACAGAGCAAUUACGCAUUGACUAUAAAUACCAUAAGCUUGUUUAAAUGUAUUGUUAAAUCCUGUUACAUUAAAAUGAUUGGCAAACA